CAACGGAGGUGUCGGAGGUGCCAUCGGUAGCGCCAUCAACUCUGGUGUCGGCGGCUUCUCCAGCGUCUUCAUCGACGGAGGAAGCUCGGUGUUCAACGAUGUCACCAGCUUUGGUGGAGGAGUCGCUACCACCCUGACCAGCGGUGCCGUGGUCGCAUUCGAAACCUUGACUUGUAAGUAGAGCUCAGGUAGCUCCCUGUGUGUCUGCGAGGUGAUGCGCAUGCGUAUAGACCCUCUGAACAGCCUUUGCUAAUCACAUUCCUAUGUCUGUCGACCUCUCUGUUGGUAGCUGGAGGGGAAGGUGUCUUCCGCAGUGAGUACAGCCUAGGAAUAUCGUGUGAUGCACAUGGCCUCGGUCUGACUCAAGCACCGCAUUGCUCUCGUUGAACAGCCGUCACCUCUGGAGGUGCUGGUGCUUUCACGACGCUCACUUCGGAUGGCGAGAGAUACGUCGGAACGCUCACAAGCGGCGCUGCUGGAGCUGCAAACACCGUCGCUAGCGGAGCGACCGGAGGACGCGAUGCGGCUUUUGCCGUGCAGGCACCCUCCAUGCUCGCCCCCGUCGUUUUGGCCGCCGCAGCUGUGGCUGGAGCAGGAGCUGUAUUGCUCUAAAUCAACGCUCCGAUCGCUGCACUACACCUCCCACCCUCCACACUAAACGUCUCAGGACUUCAAUACUCGGCUUCUGCACUUGUUUCGGCUACCCCCGAGGGUGGAUGCUGACGACAAGCUACGACAUCCGCUCGCCCGCGGUGCCCCAUUCAAUUCAAGAUCGUUGAAUGCACCCGCUCAGCGCUUACUUUUAAUUGAUCACGCACAUUCAGACUCAAGACUGCUCUCUGGC